UUCGGUAUACGCAUACAUCGCGCAUCCGUCACGAAGAAUGGCCUUCCCGAAGCGCGGAGAGCAAUGAACCAGUUAUUAUGUUGCCGUCGACCGGUUAUUUCAAGACGAUAAAUUGCCCGUUUUAUGACAGCGGAUCGUGCGACCGUCCCUACUGUCAUUUCAAACAUGCCAGACGUGAAGAUGGAGGAAGCUCAGCAGGAAUGGCUGGAAUGGUGGAGGCCCAGACAUCAGGCCAGGCGCAAGAAAACAAAACCACUGCUAUGGCAGCACAAAAUUCUGACAUGCUGCAACACCUAGUGACUGAAGCUGUGAAAAAAGUGCUCGCGGAUAAGGAAGUCACAGAUGCGGAGAAGUUCCCUGAGAAUAUUGUCUCUCAAGUGGUUGAGGAGCUCAAGCCGACUUUGGCUUCCAGCUCCGCUGCCACUAUGCGCAAUACUACACCAAAUAUAAUAGGAAAACAUAUUGCGAUUCCCGCACCUAUUACGAAGCCAGUGGCAUGCGUUUACAAUCCCACACCAAUAGCGGAACUGAAGAAACGGCAUAUACCUGUAGUCUCGUACAUGCCAACUAGAGAAAGUAGAGUGGCUGUGAAACGUAAAUGCUCUCCUGAGAGGGCUAAACAGUGGUUGAAUGUAGUUCAAGAAUCUGGCAGUUCUCAGCAAUCUGAACUUACGUACAAACCUACUGCUAUAGUUAACAUAACCGAUCAAGAUGUCAUACCAGAUUAUGUACCUACAUUUAAAUCGGACUCAUCCACGUCGAAUUCGUACGAUGACGGUAACUCGAACGAUUAUCAAUUGAAAUUCAAAGAAGCGUAUUACCCGAAAUCUAAGAAGAGGAGAGAGGAAUAUGUUCCUAAAAUGGUUAAAACACCGUUGAAAACAGCUCAACAAUUAGACAACGUUACUGUGGAUCAAUACGAGUCGGAAUUUGAUAUGAUCGACGAGAUCUUGACUGCCAGUCACACUAUUCCUAAUGUAUUGGGACAGACCAAAGUGUUGUCCAGCGAGGACUCGCAGGAUUAUUCUUUGGAGAUUGAACCCAAAUUCUCGGACGACGAACCGGUCGAAGACAUAUCUAAAGACGAAGGUAACGCAAGCGUCAAUAAGGUCGAACAAACAUUGGAUGUGAACGAAAAAGGGAAAGAGAAUUUGCAACAUGCUAAGAUUGAUGAACAAUCAAGCAAUAAGGAUAAUAAGAUACACAACAAUCAUUACGAUAUUAAAACGGGUGAUACAAAAAGUAGCGAUAAGUCUAAGCAAUAUAAGGAAAAUGACACGAGCAAAUCGUCAGAUGAAGGGAAAGAAGGUGUUAAAGAGAAGGACAUCGAUAAGGAAAAAGAAGUACACAAAAGUCAUAGUAAAAGUAAGAAGAAAGAUAGAAGAGAUCAUCACAGUUCUGAGAGGAGAGACAAAGACAAAGACAAGUCCGGGCAUAAAUCGGAUUCCAAAAGCAGACACCAUUCUUCCUCUAACAAGGACAAAGACAAAGAUAGAAGGAGAAGCAGCCGUGAUAGUAAAGAAUCUUCACAUAAAGAUAAAGAACAUUCACGAAGGGAUAGACAUAAUUCUUUGAAGAGAGAUCAUGAUGAUCACCAAAAAUCCAGCCGGCACGAGAAGCAUAAAUCAAGCAAAACAAGCUCAUCUAGUUCUAAGUCGAGCAAACAUACAUCGAGCAAAAGCGAUAAGAAACACCGUUCGGAAUCGAGUCGAAGACCUAGCACUUCUUCCAGGAAAUCCAACGAGCACAAAGAGAGCAGUAGCGAAAGAAAUUCAUCUGACAGAUUUGAUGAUAGUCCUUUGAACAACACACAUCCUUUCGUAGACAACGAAAUUCUAGGAAUGUCAGAUUCUGAUCAUGAUGUGCAAGAAGAAUGUCUAAAAAUUUUUCAGGAAUAUCAAGUCUCCGAUCAUCCAAAGGUAGUAUCGAUCAAAGAACCAUCGAAACGCGGGUCUGCUGAGGAUGUAGAGGAAAUCGGUAGAAAGAGAGUCGCGCAUCCCUCUGCGACCACAAGCAUUACCAAACAUGUAGGUCCUAGUCAGCCACCGAAAAAAACAAUAACUCCACAGCAGAAAAUGUACGAGCGAUGGCGUCUGAUGAGGGAAGUAGCAGCUGAAAAGGCUGCGGAAAAGGCAGCAGCUGACGCAAAGGCUCAAGUUACAUCCGCGUCAGCGCCUCCACCCUCCAGUAACGCACGCAAAGAGCAUAUCGAGUCUUCCACUUCAUCGAUAAGCAACAGCUACUCUCAGCUGAAUGGGAAUGGUCGCGUUAGGAUUUCUUCUGUACCGUACGCGAAGUCUCUCGCGAUGGAAAAGAAGAAAGUUGCAGUGAUAUCAGGAAAAAGCAAAGACGAGAAAGAAGAAACGGAGAGCAAAACAAAGGCGCAGACCACGAAGGGCGGCGUACGCAUUGCACAUGUUCCACAAUCGAUACCUCAGCUAGUACGGCCGGAACCGCUUCAAGUAGCCACCCAAAAAUUUCCUUUGAACGUCCGCCAGUAUUAUAUUAAUAUUAUGCACGACAUAUGCGUGCAGAUUUACACGAGUGGUGACGACGCGGCUGAGCGCGCUAUCAAAGAGGAACUCGCGUGUCACGAGAGGUGUAAGGCGCUCGCGGUGUACAAAAAUGCGUGUAUAUUAGCGACACACAGACUGAAGAAAGAGAUCGAUCAGAACAGAUCGGAAGAAAAGUCCGCUGGGUCGAGUUGCGGCAUGGUAUCUCACGAAGCUGUACUCGUCGGCAAGUCGAAGGGUUCUUGGAGCGUGGUUAAGACCAAAAGGAAUAUCGUAGAUUAUAAAGGAUCUGCACUCUACGGUAUGCUCAAGAAAUGGAUUAUGUCGGAGAAUCAACUCAGAGAAAAUGGGUUCCCACGUAGUCAUCCGGAUGGUCCAAAGGGACGAGCGAAAGUGUACGUAAUAAAUUCACGAAACCAAAGUGUUUUGUCAAAAGUGCCUAACGAAAGAAUGUGCAGCCGCUGUGGCCAAGCGUACAUGGUGGAUAGACACGCCUUCGCUGUGCAACAACAAAACUGUAUAUAUCACUGGGGAAGAAAAUUUACAAUCAGAGGCGAGGGCAAAUAUAGUUGUUGCCAGCAAUACGGCUCCGCCACUGGUUGUUGUGACGCGAAGACGCACGUAUGGGAUUAUACAGAUUACGAGAAUCUUCGCGGUUACGUUAAAACUUUACCGAAAGAUGUUCCUGUGGAAGAACAAGGCGUUUAUGCGCUCGAUUGUGAAAUGUGCUAUACUACAUACGGCUUAGAAUUAACCAGGGUGACGGUUAUUAACGAUGAUUGCAACGUCAUAUAUGAAACUUUAGUGAAGCCGCAAAAUCCAAUAAUCGAUUAUAACACGAGGUUCUCAGGGAUCACAGAAGAAGAUAUGAAAGACGUAACAACGACUCUUUUGGAUGUACAAGCUACGCUUCUUACAAUGUUCUCCGACAAAACGAUUUUGGUGGGUCAUAGUCUUGAAAGCGAUUUUAAGGCUCUAAGAUUACUCCACGAUACCGUCGUCGACACCAGUGUUAUGUUUCCGCAUAAGAAUGGAUACCCGCAAAAACGGGCAUUGAAAAAUCUUUGUUCCGAAUAUCUCAGAAAACUUAUACAAAAUGAUAUUGGUGGGCAUGACAGCAAAGAGGAUGCUGUCGCUUGUAUGGAAUUAAUACUGUGGAAAGUGAAAGAAGAAGCGAAAGUGCAGUGAAUAGAACUAUGUCCACAGAUUUGAAAUACAAGAACAAAUGUCAUCGCGUUUGCUAGUACGCCAGUACAGUCUGACUCUUUUGUAACGUAAUGCUGAACGGUACAUACUUUACUGCCGUAUGUAUUAUAUCUUGUGUAUAAAUAUGUAAUAUACACCCACCGCGUCUGCUUUUGAGAUCUCUUUUCAGGUUAAAUUCGGGAUUGUGUAGCUGAUAAGAUUCAUACUCGCGACAUGAACUCUUGACAUUUAUUAAAACACAAAAGAGCGCAUUUGUCAAUGGAAAAUCGACGUGAGAUUUCGCCGGUUCCGAUACAUAGUAAUGCUCGGGAUGCGUCAAAUCAUUUUCGAAUAUGUGGUGCAAAUCUCGAAUUGCUGCUUCGUAAGCCAUUCGCUGUUACAAAUUCUUGAGAAUCUUGAAAAGAUCAUCUAUUGUAUACACGAUUAUCGCCAAACACUGUUGUCACAAUAAUGUUAAAGUCUUUAUGUAAAUACACACACACACAUACACACGAAAUAUAUAUAAACAUGUGUGUGUAUGUAUGUAU